ACAAAAUGUGUUUUCUCUUUCCAGGUUGUGUAGUUUGGUAUCAGAAUUAUUAGACGUAUUGCUUGUAGGACAUUGACGGCAGGAACUUGUAAUUAACUGUGGAGUGCUACCCUGGAUUUCGUGGAUUUUUUUGAAGAAAAUAUUUCAACGGUUACACCGUCAGAAAUUACGGAUUUGUACGGAUAUAUUGGUUCCCAGCCAGAUGUAUAAAUUUAAACUUCAAAUGUAAUUUCGUAUUCGUGUUAUAUCAGUUCGUAUUCGUUUAGGUGCAUUCGUUCAGAUUUUAUUUCAGUGUCAUGUCACCCACUUUGUAUUCUUAAAAGAAAGGACGUUCAAGAUCAUAAGUUAAAAUCUAAAUUAUUCAAAUUGAAAAGGAAGAAGUAUGCAACAUAAUAUCUAAGCACGUAGUUUAAACAAGAAGUAGAAACAAUUGAUCCUUACAUUCUGCAGUAUCAAAAUACAAAUGUUUAACUGUUAAUUAAAAAGUAGCAAUUAAACUUGUUUAAAUCAUUUUAAAUUUAUAUGAUUAUAGAUAAGAAUUUAAUAAAUACGAAUAUAAAUUAGAUAAAUUGAAAGAUAAACAGCGAAUAAUUACCCAAAUUCUGCUCCAUAGGAAUGAUUACUGUAACAAAUGUCUAAACAUUUUUGGUCUCAACUCUACUGUUUGUUGUCUACAACAUUAACAUACGCAAUAAAAAAUAUUUUAAGGAAGCUAAAUGAUCGUGCGAAACUACAUUUUAGCUGUAAAUACGAUAACCUUUCGAUAACCUUUCGAACACUGCACUGAAACAAUGAAGCUCUUUUGUUUAAUAUAAAUCGUUUUAAAACGUAUUUUUCUUGAUUAUAUCUAAUGGUAAUUAAUGGUGAAACAAAAGAAAAAUAACAAAGAAAAACUAAACUUGUAACAAAAGAAAAAAAUCUUUAUUACAAGAGAGACACCUGGGCAUGUUUUGUUUUUCUUACAGUAAAUAUUUUGAACUAUUUAACAUAGUGUACACGGUAGACUUCGUACGUCUUCUCUUACAAUUAAUACAAGUACAUGAUGGAACCGGGAACAUAUGCUAAUUUGGAAAUAGAUAUUGAGUUAAAAAAUCGGACUGAACAAGACAACAUUUACGAAACUCUUCAACAUGGUACAGGGGAGCUUGCAGAUAAAACUACUCCUUCAGCCAAGAAGUGCACACCACUUUUGUUUUGGUGUACCCUCGUAAAUUCAAUUUUGAUUGGACUGUUGAUUAUCGCAGUAUCUGUUUCUUUAUACAUGUGUAUAAACGUUUCAAAGGCUUCAAAUAGUAAAGAGAGUAUAAGAAGCAUUGCAGCAGAUGUAAGACAUAUCAAGAAUGACCUUGAGAAUAAUACUUCCGGUUUAGAUAACUUAAAGGUGGUUACAGAUGAGAUCAACAAAAAGUGUGAGGAUGGACUUUCAGACCUGUCUAAAAAUUUGGAAAGACAGACGAAUGAUUUGAGAUCUUCUUCCACAGAAAGCAUCAAAAACGUGUCAGAAGUUGUGGUAAAUAUUAAGAAAGACGUGGAGAAGAGCACUUCCGGUUUAGAUGACUUAAAGACAGUAACAGAUGAGAUCAAAGAGCAAAUGAAAAGGUUGGAUCAGGCAACGGAGAAAAAAACACAGGUAAUCGCAUUCAAUGUGGCGGAUGCAGUAAACUACCCGGGUAAUGAUGCAAUCAAAUUCUCCAACAUUAUACUAAACGAAGGCGACGCAUACAACAAAGAAACGGGGAUUUUCACAGCACCACUUGACGGGAUUUAUCAGUUUAAUGCACAUAUUUGUGGCAAUGAAACUGUAGAAGAGAUAGACUAUUACAUUGCAGUUAACUCACAAUGGAUAGUUACUGGAGAGUUUACUGCUCCAGCCAGAAGCUACAGAUGCAAAAUGUACGUCUUUUAGUGCGGUGGCCUUGGUUCGAAAAGGUGAAAAUGUCCAAGUUGGUGGAAUGCCUUUCUCUAAUUUAGAUGAUUAUAACAAUGAUUAUUGUUCUUUCUCUGGUGUCCUGAUACAAAGCAUAUAAACAUUACAUCACAUUCUCGUUGUAUAUGUCUAUAGAAAUAUUGAAAAUGAUACUAAGACAUGAUCAUCGACACUGUUUAAGAUAUUUAUUUGUUCCUACUCGGCUACAUUCAUACUUACAGUACUGUUUAGAAAAGAAAACAUUAAUCAAAAUUUCAGAAACAUUAUCGAAUUUUUCAAUGGCAUGUUUGUAAUCGCUUUCAAUGUUUGUCACAUUGUCCUUUUGUCGUCAUAACGGAUCAUAGAUUAGUUUUUAAAGGAAUUCAGAAAAGGAAACAUUAAUAAAAAUUUCAGAAACAUUAUCGAAUUUAAUGGUGGUAUGUUGAAACAUUAUCGAAUUUUACAGUGGUAUGUUGAAACAUUAUCGAAUUUUACAGUGGUAUGUUGAAACAUUAUCGAAUUUUACGGUGGUAUGUUGAAACAUUAUCGAAUUUACGGUGGUAUGUUCGUUAUCGCUUUCAAUGUUUUUGUUACAUUGUCCUUUUGUCGUGAUAACGGAUCAUAGAUUAGUUUUUAAAGAAAUUCAGAAAUGAAAACAUCGUGAAGUGUAAUUGAGCCGCGUCACGACAAAACCAACAUAAUGGGUUUGCGACCAGCAUGGAUCCAGACCAGCCUGCGCAUCUUCGCAGUCUGAUCAGGAUCCAUGCUGUUCGCUUACCAACUUUAUUACAAGUAGAGAAACUGAUAGUGAACAGCAUGGAUCCUGAUCCACUUUAUUUUUGUUGCCGUAUUUUUGCAUGUGUUGUUAUUAUUACAAUUAUUUUGAUUAUUAUCAUUUUUGUUGUUGGUGAUGUACGUGAAAUGUAUGUAAAUAAAAUACUGUUAAUAUUUAGUGUCAUUGUUGAUCUAUUUAAAUGUUAAUGAAAUAAACCGGCUCCUGAUUCUUACUGAUUUUCACAAAAGUUUGAAAAAUGAUAUAAUUGGUAAAAGCAUGUUGCAAAACGUGUAAAUAUAAAGU